AUGUCUUUUAAUUUAGGCUUCGAGAUUUUCCAUGAUCCACAACGAAAUAUAACAGAACAUAAUUCUUCACAUUGCUCAAUAAAUUCAGCUUCAACAACAGUGAUGAUUGAAUCUCAUUCACAAUUGCUGACUAACAAUGAUAUGGAACUAACCAUGGAACAAAUUAAUGCAGCAAGUAACCAAUUAUCUAAACAUCCUGUACAAUUUACACAUGAAGAUUUACGUACAUAUCUUGAACCAAUUAUUCAUACCCUGAUAUCUGCGGAAGAAUCAUAUGCAUUUCGUCAACCAGUUGAUCCUAUUGCACUUAAUAUACCUGAUUAUCCAAUGAUAAUUAAACAUCCUAUGGAUAUAUCAACCAUGCAUAAUAAAUUAUUACGUGGAGAAUAUAAAAAUCCAUUAGAAUUUUGUGAUGAGGGAU